AUGAGUAAAUCUGGAACAUUAAAAAUAAAGAAUUUGUUUCAUAUAACAAAGUCACCGGAUAAAGGAAACAAGGAUGGGGAAAAGCACACAUUUAAAGAUGCAACUUCAUAUGGAGAUGGAGAGUUUGCGAGCUCAGGCCCGAGAAUACCGUCAAGUCCCGGACUUGUCAGCCCCGUCAGUCCCCUGGAUGGGACGCUGCAUAGGAGCCCAGCAAGUGAGAAGAAAAAGAAGAAGAAACGGUUCUUGUCCUUGCAGCUCAAGAAGAAAGGCUCAAAGGAGGCAGGGUGCAUCGACGACCCACUGUUCUAUAACGGUGCUGACGAGCUCGACAGCUUCAGCAGUAACAUGAAUUUUGACCAACUGAGCGUGAAAACAGAAUACAGCACCACGACUGACAGGGAUGCUACCUCCAUGAUCAGCUAUGACAUGUCAGCCUUCAACAGCCUCAGUCCCAACAAGUCCAGAAAUAAGAGCUCAGACAGAGUGCUGAACCGCAUCGGCAGUUUGUUUUCCAUAAAGAAGAAGAAGAAGAGCCGGAGCGGUUCACUCUCAGCAGACUCAGAGGAUGGAUCCUGGCUUGGUCCUGGCUCUCCCGUCUCCCCCCAGUCCCCUGGUUCUCCCGUCUCCCCCCAGUCCCCUGGUUCUCCUCUCUCCCCUCACCAACCUCCACAGGAAGACUGGCAAAGGACCCCCACCACCACCCGGAGAGAGGGGGAGGUAGUGGAAGCCGGAGCUGGGCCAGUGCAGGGAAGUUUGUCAGAGCUCCAGGAGGAGGGAUCGGUGUUCAGUACCAGCUCCAGCCCUGGUACCUCCAGCCUAGCUUCUCUGGUGGUGGUGGACAGAGGGGACCUUUUGUUUGCAGACAGCGACAGCAGCGGUCAUGGCAGUGUGAGGGAGAUGCAGGUGUGCAGGGCGAGCCGGGCCGAGGCAGAGUCAGACGGAGAGGCAGACAGGAAUUCUUGGAAUCUGACUCCCACGAACUCGUCCUCCACCGGAGCAGACCAAGUCCCAGGGCUCAGCCCCACUGAGGACGUAGUGGGAGAGGCGAGCAGGAGGCUGCAGGUACAUCUGGAACAAACCACUGUGAAAGACAGAGAGGGGUCGGGAGGGGGCAGCCCAGUGGUCCAAAACACCCUCAGGUCGUUUGAACUCUCCCAAUCUCACCUUAAGACUGACUUCACCUCUCUGGUCACAGAGUCUAAAAAGACCUCACUGAAAACAUCUGUUGGAGGGAAGGGGAGUUACCUGGUGGGAGUGACUGUAGGCUCUCAGUCACACACCCCGUCCUCCUCAGAUACCCAGCCAGAGGGGGAGGAGGGGGAGGACAGCCCAGCCAUGGGGAAGAAAAACAGGAGGAGGGCUCUGAAAUCCACCAGCAGCAGCUCGCCUGAAACAGCUCCCCCCACACAGACCACGUUACAUGGGGGAGAGGAGGGGACGACGCAGGACUCACCACCGAAGCUACACAAAGCCUUGUGGGUGGAAACACACCUGGGAGAAGAGGAGGGGGAGAGGAAAGGGAAGAGGAAGAGUGUACACUCGCAUUCCGUCCUGGCCGUACCUAUGACUGUGGCCCCUGUAGAGUACCCUGAUACUGCAGGUGUCCUGGCCACUCUAACUCCUUCAGCAGUACCAGCAGCAGAGGCCAGUGGCAGAGAGCCAAAGCCAAAGCUGGCUGUAUCUACAGCACCAGCCUCCAAGGAGUCCAAAACAACAAACAAAGCCCAGUCAGAGGCGAACAGUCCAGGCACAGACUCAGAGAGCAGCACCCCUCUAGAGUACCAGAUGGCCCUGAGCAAAGAGGAAAAGCGCAGGAGUAUGAAACUGUCCCGCAGUGAGAAGAUUUUCCCUAAGAAGGUGUAUGUGAGCCCUGAGCCCAGUUUUGACGGGGACAAGCAGACAAAAACAGAGCUAGAAAAGAAUGACAUCACAGACUUGGCUUCAAAGAUUCCUCAGAAGUCAGAGGUGAAACUCUUGCCAAGCCCCCAAAAAGUUAAUGUAGACCUCAAGGAACCAAACAAUGACUGUAUCAUCACUGCUGGAGAAAUAACCAAGGGUACAGACUCUGAUCGAAGACACCAUGACCCCAAGGCUGUAGACAGUUCCCCAACGUCCCCAACCCCAGAGCUGGAUGAGGCCUCUCCAACCACAACUAUGCCAGGACGUAAAACACAGCCCAACACAGAAGGUUCAAGGGUUAGAUGUCAGGGGACGACCCAGGUCAUCCCGUCUAAACCAGGUGACAAAGUAGGCAAUGUAGCCAGUCGGUCAAAGUGCCCACCUCCUCCGGUUGGACCCAAGUCCAAAGCUGUCCUGGGCAUGGCUAAGGGAAAGGGUCUCAAAUAUGGUGGAAAGGCAGGGAUUUCUAGUGGGGCUCCAUCACAAAGGACACCUAAAGAUGGCGGUGAGAAAACAGAGGUUAUGUCACCUACAUUAAAGGAUCAACCCACCGCAGGAAAAACAGAGGUCACCGACAGCCCCAAGUUGAAAAUUCCUAAAAAGUCACAGACAGAAGCUAUAUCAAAACCUCCACUGUCACCAGGCACAAGCUCAGUGGUUGAUGUUUCAGUGGCUGUGUCUCUACCUGUGCUUGGUUCCAAACCCCAGAAGAUCCCUAAACCUAAACAUUUAAUGAUUAAAACAGACAAAAAGUCUAUCACCAAGGAGGUGAAUGAAGUGGGUUCAGGGGGGAAACCAACAAAAGGGCCUGUUACGUCAGAAGAGGCAUCACCUACUAAAGUACCAGUCAUGUCACCUGUGAACUCAGAUAUGGUAAACCUGUUCAAUGGGAUGGAGAAAGACCUUGAGGACAACAACACUGACAUAGCCAAAACAAGUGAACCCAAAGAUGUCAAAAAGCAGGCUCCCACACGCCCAGACAGCACCAACAGCAGCAUGAUACCAAAGAGCCGGUUACCCAAAGCCCCUGACAACUCUUUGUCUCUGGUCAGAAAGAUGAAAGACGGCAAACUCCAAACCAUCGACACAGGGAGUAAAACUACCAAAACCACUGAGAGAGCAUCAGUUGUCAGUAGUAGGCCUUCCACACCAACCAGCCCAAAGCAGCAGGAGCUUCCCAGCCCAGAGAAAAGGCCCCCAGAUGAGACAAUGACCACUGAACCUGAGAAGGGAAACAAGCUGCCCUGCCCUUUGCAAACAAACCUGCCCCAACAGGCCUCCAAUAAGAGCAUCCCCCAUGGCGACGGGGACACACCCACCCCUCCCUCACUAUUACCAACCAAGCCAGAGAAACCCACCUCCCUUGGACUUAAGAAGAAGAGUAACAUCACAUCUCCCACCAUGGACAUGACUGCUGAUGAUUCUGGGAAGGCUUCACCACUGAGUUUGAAAAGUCCAGUGAAAGAUCCAAGUGAUUCUGUGACUGUGGCUAGCAAGCGUGCAAUGUUCCGUCAGAUAACCGCCCCUAAAGGCAAGCCCCUCAAGAAAUCUGAGCAAACUAUCCUCUCUGAAACACAAUCUAAAUCCAUACAAGAUCAUGUGUCACUGGUCACAGAUAACUCUCAAAUAGAUGAUCAACAAACCACACCAGCAACACACCAGCAACUGUGUGUAAAUGAUCAAACAGAUGAACCAGCAGUCACUGGAACAAAGAAAUCACUGGAGGACAGGAGCAGUAGUAGUACACCUGAAACAAAACUGGAUAAAAUAUCUGAAAAUGCACAAAAAAAAUCUAUAUCAGUCAAAACUACCUGUAUUACAAAGGAACAACAAACCAAACCAUACCCAGAUCUCUCAUCUGAGACAGAGAGUGACCACAACUAUGUGGAAGCCUUAACCAAUACACCACUGCAGCAGAUGGGUCCUGUAAGCCCAGGUGUAGUAAUGGAGAAACGUCCAACUGAACCAAGCCUCAUUGUGUCUGCCUCAAGCACACCUACCCAUGAGGAAGUAAUAUAUACAUCCACCAAGCCUGAGUUGACUGACCACAUUCAUACUGACACUGAGACCCAAGCUAAUCAGAAAAGUGAUGAGUAUAAUAAAAAUGCUUCUACAGCUUCAGAGAAGCUCAUACUUAGUGCUGGAGAAGGGAUAUCCAAUAGGAAUCAGCCUGUGGAACAUGGCCUGGAUGUAGCAAAGGAUAGCUCACCCCAAAACGCCUCCACUGUGGUUGAAAGAAGAGAGAGUCAAGAUACGGCAACACAGUCAACUUUCUUUGGCUCAGAGGAAAAAUCUAAGAUACUAGCUAAUGCUCAAACCCCCGAUAUAGUACCUAUUCGUAAUGGCAUAGUUUCUGAUAUAUCCAUUUUGUCUGGGAAUGAGACUGAAGUACAGAAGGGGGGAGAGCCAGUGAAGAUCUCCGACAUCAUAACAGAGGCUGCGAUUGUUCUGAAACCAAUUAAAAAUGGUGAUGUCCAACUGAACAAAGAGCUUCCUUCACUGACACAGAAUUUGGCAGAUGCACAUAGCGGGCCACACAAGGAAAACAAAGAGGACAAACUAGGUGAGGCGGCAACUAAGAGCACAGUUACUAAGAUGGAUGCAAAACAGGAAUCAAAGACCAUAACUACAAAAGAUCAGAAGGAGAAAGUGAUAAAACAAGAAGAAAGACCCAGCGAACGAGCGACUAAGAUAUUAGACACAAAACAGGACUCAAAAUCCAUAAGAACAAAAGCUGAGGAGAAGAAGGUCUUGCUCCUCAAAGAACCCCCUAAAACGACAAAAGCAAACCCCAAGGCUGAGCUGCCUCUUCAGCUGCCAACUUCUCUGAUGCUCCCCUCUCCCCCUAAACCUCUCCCUCUGAAACAGGAAUCUCCGUCCAGCUGGCUGAACGUGGAGCGCGGCUCCAAACAGGAGCAGAAGAGGGAGACCAAGAGAAGGCUGGACUGUUCAGCCAGUGAGGAUGAGAGUCUGGCUGAGACUGACAAUGUGGAUGACUUCAUCAGGAGCAUUAAGGAACUGGGCACCCCCUUUCCCCUGCCCCCCAAGAGGCACCACGACCAUGCCAAGACCUCCUCGCCCCCCUUUGCCCUGCCCGCCAUCAAGGAGGACCGCUUCGAGAACCCUUUUGACGCUGAUGGCUUCCAGUUUGGCCUGAAAAAGAGGACAAAGGAUAAAGAAACCCCGGCCAUGUUGAUAAAGAAACAGGCCAAGGAGGAGAAGACACAGACAAGAAGAGCUAAUGCAGAGGACAGCCUUCUCUUCAAAGCCAUCCAGUCUCCAUCUGUAGCCCGGAGAAAACCAGGGUGUCAAACAGAUGGGAAAGAUGGAGAGGUGGAAAUGAAGGUAGAGGUGAAGAGGAAAGUAGAGAAGAAAGAGGAGCAAGGGGAAGAAACUGGACAGCUCACGUCACGGCUAGGAAGGACGUCCCUACUCUCCAACCUAUUGAGCUCCCCCAGGACUUCCAGAAGGAACAAAGGGGAUCCUUCCUCCUCAGUCUCAAAUGGUGCUCCUCCCUCUUCUACCACCCAGGGCACAAUGCCAGAAAGGGCGGGUUGGAGAAGUAUGAAUCCGGGCCUGAGUAUGGGUGUGGUUGCAACUGGUGAGUCAAUAAUCAGUCCCUCCUCACCUCCUCCUCUCCCCUUGUUCACUCAGCUAAAGCUGCCAGAUCCCCUGGAGCAGUAUCUCAGGACAGACAAAGGAUCUUCACAGAGUAGUGCUACACAGAGUACAAUGGCUAGCCCUGUAAUGGGCUUAGGUCACGGUACUGGACUAAAGGGGCUUACCUUAGGACUUCAUCCAGCCACCAACCACAUCCCACAGGCCCCCUUGAAUGGUCUUCCUGCAGCCAACCCCAAGAUUCCAGAAGUGAGAGGGUUCCACAAACGGCCCGGGAAGAUAGUGCUCCAUGAGCAGGCUCAGUUUGAAGGAGAGGCCUACGAGGUGUUUGGGGACGUGGAGGAUGCCUCCGUGAUGAAGCUGUCUCCUGUCAUCUCAGUCAGGGUCAUCAGGGGAUGCUGGCUGCUGUAUGAGAAGCCAGGGUUCCAGGGGCGGACCAUCGCCCUGGAGGAGGGGCCCAUGGAGCUGGUCAACGUGUGGGCAGAGGAGGUGACGCCAGGGGCACUGGAUCAAAUGGGUCUGCCUGUGCCAACCUCACCCAUGGUCAUCGGAUCUAUCCGCCUGGCAGUGAGGGACUACAGUCUACCUCGGAUUGACCUGUUCACUGAAGUGAAUGGUCUGGGGAGAAUGACAUCCUUCUGCGACGACACUAUUGAGAUCUGCUCUUACGGGAACAUACAGAACACCGGCUCCAUCAAGGUCCACUCUGGAGUCUGGCUGGUGUAUGGUGACCCAGGGUUUGGGGGUCUCUUAUCGGUGUUGGAGGCGGGCGAGUACCCCUGUCCAGAGGCCUGGGCAUUCCCUCAGCCCUUCAUCGGAUCGCUGAAAACACUCAAAAUGGGUGGGAUAAAGGUGGAGCAUCCUAAUGAAGUAAAGGCUCUGGUGUACGAGAGGCCGCGCUUCGAGGGCGAGUGUGUGGAGAUUGACGAUGAUGUGUACGACUUCAGAGAGGGAGGAGAGGAGAAAGAGGGGGGGGCGGAGAAGGUGGUGGAGGAGGAGGCAGAAGGUAACCCAGUCAGAAGGAAGACGUUGUGUUCUGUGGGAUCCAUCAAGAUCAUUCGUGGACUCUGGGUUGGCUAUGAUGAGCCAGAGUUUGAAGGUCACCAGUAUCUCCUGGAGGAGGGGGAGUAUCCUGACUGGAGGGAGUGGGGAGGCUGCGGAGACCAGCUCCUGUCACUGCGCCCUGUACGCACUGAUGUCCUGUCUCCCCAUGUGAAGUUGUUCAGUGAGAGGGACUUUGGGGAGAGAGGGGUCAACAUGGACCUGCUAGGGCCUGUCAUUAACAUGGAGGACACCGGCUUCGGCUCGAAGACACAGUCCAUCAAUGUCCAGGGUGGAGUGUGGGUUGCCUUUGAGAACCCUGGGUUCUCCGGAGAACUUUACAUUCUAGAGAAAGGCCUCUAUGGAAGCCCAGAAGACUGGGGAGGACCGAACCUCAAGAUAUCCUCACUGCAGCCAGUCUUCCAAGAUAACCUGGGUGGAUCAAGCAAGUUCAGGCUCCAGCUGUUCUCAAAGCCUGGGUUCCAGGGCAGAGUGGUGGUACUGGAGGACAGUGUGGUUGCCCUGGAGGAAGAUUUCUUCCCUGGCUCCUGUAGAGUACUGGCUGGGAGCUGGGUGGCGUAUGAGGGAUCCCAGUUCACAGAGCACAUGUAUGUCCUGGAGGAGGGAGACUACCCCAACACCGAGUCCAUGGGCUGUCUGGGUGCUGACUCUACCAUCCGCUCCAUACAGACCAUCAGCCAUGAGUUCUCCCUCCCGUCCAUAACGUUGUUCAGUAAGGUUGGCUGUAGAGGCCGUAGGGUGGUGCUGACGGGAGGGGUGGUGAACCUGCAGCUGGCUGGGAUGGACGGACGCAUACGCUCCCUGGUUAUCGACGGAGGAAUGUGGGUGCUGUACGAGGGGUGUCAUCACCGCGGCCGUCAGAUCCUGCUACCGCCCAGCAAACUGGGUGAUUGGUGCAAGUUCAGCAACUGGCCGCGAAUCGGAUCCCUGCGACCACUAUUGCAGAAGCAGGUGUACUUCCGUCUGCGAAGCAGGGAGACGGGCUACGUGAUGUCCCUGUCAGGGCCUCUGGAUGACAUCAAGCUGCUGCGGGUUCAGGCCCUGGAGGAGACUGGGGGAGUGGACCAGGUCUGGCUCUUCCAUGACGGAGUCCUACGCUGCAAGCUGGUGGAGGACUGUUGCCUGCAGAUCACGGGGAGCGUUGUCAUGGCGGGCAGCAGGCUGAGUGUGUCUCCUCCGGAGCCAGGGAAAGACAACCAGCUGUGGAACAUUACCCCAGACGGCCUGGUCCGAUGCCACCUCAAACCUGAUCUGGUGCUUGAGGUUAAAGGUGGACAAAGUUAUGACAAAACUCAAGUGAUUCUCAACACAUUUGAUGAGAGAAAACACAACCAAAGAUGGUCUUUGGAGAUCCUGUAAUAUAGUGUCAAUAGGCCUGGCCCUUCUACAGCAGCUCUGCCGUGGGCUUCAGAACUCUCUGGUGCAGCACUGCCGUGGGCCUCAGAGCUCUCUGGUGCAGCGAAGCCAAGGGUUUAAGAGCUUUCUUGCAUCAGAAGGCCAUGGGACUCAGAGCUCUGUGAUGCAGUUCCACCGUGGUACCCAUACUCGAGAUAUUCUGAAACAUUUGUUGAGCUUGUGCGCAUCCAUACUAGACUGUCUUUGUGAAACACAACUAUAAACUAGUAAACUACACAUUUCCAAGUCACUGCAACGAGAAAGAAACCAAACAACAUGUGGCUACAGAACUAGCUAUAGAACAAGGGCAGCAGGUAGCCUAGCGGUUAAGAGCAUUGGGCCUGUAACCGAAAGGUUGCUGGUUCGAAUCCCGGAGCCGACUAGGUGAAAAAUAUUGAGGUGCCCUUGAGCACGGCACUUAACCCUAAUUGCUCUGGACUUGAAUGGACUUGGACUUGAAUUAAUUUCUCAAUUAAUUAUUUAAUUGACCAUACCAAAGAAUAACGGUAAUGGAAUAUGUGUGUGUCUCUACUAUAUUCAUAGCAUUUACAAUGAGUUAAGUGUGUUUCACCAGUCAAUUACUGAAAUGUAUAUGUUUUCACACAAGCCACACAUUCUUAAUGUCAUAGAUGAACACUCCUUGAAUUCUCCAAAGUAUAAGUUUUGUGUAGAUAUGUUGAUAACACUUGACACCCAGCGUCAUAACACAUUAUGACACGGUGUCAACCGCAUAAAACCUACCAUGGUAGUUAUUUUAUGGCUGGUUAUGACACCUACAUAAGAGUGUCAACCCCAUAAAACCUACCAUGGUAGUUAUUUUAUGGCUGGUUAUGACACCUACAUAAGAGUGUCAACCCCAUAAAACCUACCAUGAUAGUUAUUUUAUGGCUGGUUAUGACACCUACAUAAGAGUGUCAACCCCAUAAAACCUACCAUGAUAGUUAUUUUAUGGCUGGUUAUGACACCUACAUAAGAGUGUCAACCCCAUAAAACCUACCAUGAUAGUUAUUUUAUGGCUGGUUAUGACACCUACAUAAGAGUGUCAACCCCAUAAAACCUACCAUGGUAGUUAUUUUAUGGCUGGUUAUGACACCUACAUAAGGGUGUCAACCCCAUAAAACCUACCAUGAUAGUUAUUUUAUGGCUGGUUAUGACACCUACAUAAGAGUGUCAACCCCAUAAAACCUACCAUGAUAGUUAUUUUAUGGCUGGUUAUGACACCUACAUAAGAGUGUCAACCCCAUAAAACCUACCAUGGUAGUUAUUUUAUGGCUGGUUAUGACACCUACAUAAGAGUGUCAACCCCAUAAAACCUACCAUGUUAGUUAUUUUAUAGCUGGUUAUGACACCUACAUAAGAGUGUCAACCCCAUAAAACCUACCAUGAUAGUUAUUUUAUGGAAGAUUAUGACACCUACAUAAGAGUGUCAACCCCAUAAAACCUACCAUGAUAGUUAUUUUAUGGCUGGUUAUGACACCUACAUAAGAGUGUCAACCCCAUAAAACCUACCAUGAUAGUUAUUUUAUGGAAGAUUAUGACAUGUAUAUAAGAGUGUCAAAUAACACAAAAACUACCACACAAGGCAAAACAUUCCAUUACACCAUAGCCUACUUGUCAACAGUAUGUUUGUUAUUCAUUUUUAAAUUGACCAUAUACAAUUAUCAUUGUAAUUGCACACACAUUGAUGUCAGACAUGCACCUACCCCAAUACUCUGUUUCUGAUGACUGGGAUAAAUGCAGGAGCAGAUUUCAGGAGCAGGAAAAGACACCCUCUUUGUGACUGAUGAUUGACAUAAGGGCAUGUGCGUGAUAGGCCUAUAUGGCUUAGAUGAUUAGGAUGGUAAUAAUGCUUCUUAACAGUGUCAUAAAGUGUAUUUUCUUAGUCCAAGUAAAGUAACAUAGGAUGGUCAUAAUGCUUUAUGACAAGUUAUUUCAAAUAUUAUGAAAAAUAAUUACUGUAAAGAAUUCAUGACAACAACAAAGGACUUAAGAAACAAACUUUCAAACGAAAGGAAACUUCUUGGCAGGGAAAAAACACAUUUAAAUACAUGUGGGUUUUGACACUCUUUUGGAAGUGUCAUAACCAGCCCAAAAAUAAUGCAAUAUGUCACAAUAGGUGUAACUAUAUGGGCCAUGACAGUGUUAUGACCAUAUUAUGACAGGUUAUGACAAGUUAUGUCAGUUAUGAUAUAUUAUGACAUGGUUAUGACCGUCAGGUAAAGUGUUACUGAUAUGUUUUUUCAUGUUUCAUAAGUACUUUUCUUGUCUGGAUUUAUACUUUACGACACACAUCACUUCACAGAACAUUAUCUGCAACAGGUGCAUGUAUUUCAUAUGUCAAAUGAUUAAAGAUCCGUUUCAACACUG